AUGACUUCCGAAGCCCAAUCGAAGAUGCUUACUCUCGAGAGCAGCGAUGGCGAGACCAUCCCAGUCGAGCGCGCCGUCGCCGAGCGAUCAAUCCUCAUCAAGAACAUGGUCGGCGACUUGGGCGAAGACGGCAUCACCGAGUCCAUCCCCAUUCCCAACGUCAACUCCGCCGUUCUCAAGAAGGUCAUCGAAUGGUGCGGCCACCACAAGGACGAUGUCGACAAGACCAACGAAGACGAAGGUGACUCGCGCAAGAAGUCCACCGAGAUCGAGGAAUGGGAUCAGAAGUUCAUGCAGGUCGAUCAGGAGAUGUUGUUCGAGAUUAUUCUGGCUGCCAACUACCUCGACAUCAAGGCUCUGUUGGAUGUUGGCUGCAAGACUGUCGCGAACAUGAUCAAGGGCAAGUCUCCCGAGGAGAUCCGCAAGACUUUCAACAUUCAGAAUGACUUCACUCCGGAGGAGGAAGACCAGAUUCGCCGAGAGAACGAGUGGGCUGAGGAUCGUUGA